AUGACGAGGUCAACUGCCAGACGGCCAUCCGUUCUGCUUCUCUUGACGCUAAUGGCCAGUAUCCGGCCAGGACAAGCAUAUAACUCUUUCGAUCUUCUCUCAAGAAGCUCAGAUGCGUGUCCCUCCUCAUUCACUCGCUGCGGCAGCACGAAACUCCCAAAUGAUUUCUGCUGUCCUUCAGACUCCACCUGCAUCAGCCUAGACCAGGGCAGCUCCUCCAUCUGCUGUCCCGCUGGUCAAGACUGUGACUACAUCUCGCCGAUUACAUGUGAUAUACAGCAGCAGAAUGUUACCGUAUACCCCGAGAGUGUCAUCAAGACAACCCGUCUGGGCGACAGCCUUCCCAAAUGCGGCAAUGCGUGCUGCCCGUUUGGCUACACCUGUCAAGGGGACAAUACUUGUUCCCUGAACCAAAAAACCUCCACAACUGCAACAGCAUCUGUAUCUAGCUCCUCUACCAACACGGCAUCAUCAUCUGCAUCCAGCGCCUCUACCAACACAGCAUCAUCAUCGACAACGGCUGCAAGCUCAGCAACCCCCCAGGCAACCAUCACACCCGUGCCAUCUCCCUCAUCCGACAAGUCCGCAAACACCACGACAUGCGCAGAACUAUCAAAAUCAUGUCCCUCCUUCCCAGCUGGAGCCAUAGCAGCAGGCUUCUUCCCAGGUGCGGUCUUUGGUGCAGUCGCCGUCCUCUUAAUAACUCUAUGUUUCCGACCUGCCCGAAAAGACGAAUAUGAGAUACAAGAAGGCAAAACCGGACCUAAUUGGUCCCAACGCUCUUCUUCCGGCGCAAUAUUGUGCAUCUCAAACCCCAUACCCCAAGACGAUACCUCCUACCGCACAGACUUCCUCCGAAGCCCACCGCGAGCCAAGCGCUCUUCUCUAGGAGGACGCUCCAUGAUCCACCGCACCGGCAGCAGAGUGCGGAGUCUAUUCUCUGGUUAUCCAAGACAAAACCCCCGACUAGACAAAGAUGUGCCGCCUAUCCCUAUGCCAAACCCUAUGCAUCCGGCUCCGUUUACUCCGCCACGACAGCGCCAGCCGAGUACGGAGAGUAUCAAGGUGUAUUCACCGCCUGAGUCGUCGUUUUCGCAGUCUCGGAAUUUUCUGGGGCCUGAGCCGUACCCUGGUAAUGCUGCUAGGCCGGAUACUCUGUUUAGCGACCUGAUACGGGUUGUUGAGCCGCCUCAUGGUGGCAAGCCGAAGGCACCUUAUCCGACUAAUGAUGAUUCUCGGGAAAAUCCGUUCAGGGAUCCUACGCGUUGA